UAAUAUCCACAGCUCUCUUCUUCUUCUUCUUCAUCAUCACGCUGUGUGGUCGGCCAGCUUUGAAAUUAAUGCAUAUUGAUUUUUUUGGGGGGCCUGUUCCAUUCGCCCUGUCUGUCUCUCUCUCUGUCUCUCUGUCUGUCUGUCUUUCCUUUUUUUUUUUUGGGAAGCUGAAUACUUUUCUCUCAUCCCAGUCCCUCCCUCCCUCCCUCUCUCCCUCUCUCGUUCAUCCCCUUUUCAGGUUAAGUCAUUUCUCCUUCUUCAUCUCAGAAAACUAUUUCUGUCUUCAAAAUCCGCUUCCGUUUUUCCUCCCUCUUCUGUUCCGUUUAAUUGAACCAGUUAAAAAAGCAUAAUUAGCAUUUAAAUCUCUCUCGUACAGGAACACCCCUCCCCUUACUGCUAACACUCUCUCACACUCUCUCUCGCGCUCCCUCUCUCUCUCUUUCUCUCUCUCUCUCUCUCUCUCUCUCUCACAUGCACACGCUCCCCUCGCUCAGUUUCUCUGUCUCUGUCGCUACGCAACCAAUGCUUUCUCUCUCCCUCUCUCUCUCUCUCUCUCUCUCUCUCUGUGUCUCUCUCUGUGUCUCUCUCUCUCUCGUUCACUCUCACUCACUCCCUCCAUCAGCGCCGGAGAGGUAGGCAUGUGGACUGAUAGCGGUCUCCAGAUGCGUGUGUGUGUGUGUAUAUAUAUAUGUGUGUUAAGAGUGUGUGUGUGUUUCUCUUUAAUUCAUAUGUCAGAUGUUGUUCUGUUGAUAACAGUGUUAGUAGUGUUAUUGGCUCCAGCACUUGAGCUAUUGCCUGGGUCGGGAACUGGAUUUAUAUACACUGGAUCCAUCCACAGGUGUGUGUGUUUAAGUGUGUGUGUGUGUGUGUAUAAGUGUAUGUGUGUGUAGUGAGCUGUUAGAAUGGGUGGUUUGAUUGCACACAGCAUGCACUUAAGUAACAGUACAGUAUAAAACUGUACGUAGUGUUUUGAGGGUGUUUAAUGUUAUGCAUGGCUGUGAAGUAUUUAUACUUAUGAAUUGAUAUAUAUUUAUUAUGUAUAUAUAGUUUUAGUUAGUGUGUGUGUUUGUGUGUGUGUGUGUGUGUGUGGUGGGAUCUCUCUCCACUCUCCAGCCAUAUGAUUAUAGUCCUUCAGUUGAAGUAUCGGGAUUGAGACCCCCCUCACCCUCCCCCUGAAAGGAAAUGAACGGAGGAGCAGGGAGGCAGUGAACAGAGUGAAGCAAUGGAGCGAUGCUCCAUCUCUGGGCCGACCCCUCUCUGGUACCUCCUGCUGGUAGCUGUGGUUACCUGCCCCACCUGCUGCCAGGAAGGGGCGGAGCACAUGCAGUUGUCAGUCACUGCCCAGGCCACGCCCACUCCUCUAUGGGCCGUAGACUGGGGUCCUACGCAACCCCUGGAGGACGAGACGCAUCACCUGCUCUCCAGCCAGGAAACAGAGGGAGCCAAAGCAGCCACACCUGAGGCGUGGCCACACCACUGGAACACGCCCACCAACCAGACCCAGCAGCAACCGCUGUCCAUCGAAGCCAGAGACUCGGGGGAGGAGCCGGAGGAGGAGGCGCAGGAAAAGGAACCAGAAGAAGUGGAUCCUCAGUUCUAUGUGACCGUGACUAUCUCGUCUCUGCUGAUUCUCUCGGUGGUCAUCAUCUCAGCCAAACUCUGUUAUGACCGCUCUCUCUCCCAGCGUCCUCCUCCUCUCUCGCUCGCCAUCCCUCGCUCUCUGGCUCAGGAGGACAGCAGGCAGACACUUCACAGCACCCCCUCCUUCCCCGACAGAGAGAGGAUUCCUGUGGUCAACCUCUGAGGAGCUGACCGCACUGAGCCGUGCCCGCGUGUGCCCGUGUCCCUGUGUGCCCGCCGGGCGUGGAGGGAAUCCUGAGAGGACGAAUGCGUGAACCAACCUGCCGACACGUGAACCUGCACACAGUACUCACUUACAGACAGAAACCUGCAGAUCACCUGCCUGUACAGAUACAGGUGUGUACCUGCGGGAUCCAGACAGACGGACAGGCAAAGGGAUGGAUGGACAGAUGGACGGACGUGGACAUGGAGGGACAGCGGGACUCCUGAAGUUUUACACUCCAGGCUGUACAUCUCUGAUCUUUCACAACGAUUCAAUUCAAUGCUUCAUUGAUUUCACUAUGAUUUCAUUCAAUUAGCGUUUUUUAAAAAUGAUUCAAUGAUUUAUUGAUUCCUCUAUGAUUAAAUUCCAGUCAAUUUAAAUUCUUUAGGUAAAUGAUUCAGUGCUAUUUUCGUAUAAAUCUGAUUUAAUGCACUUCCAAUCAAUAAUGAUUCUGUUGGAACAAAUUUACUUAAUGAUUUCACUAUGAUUCAAAUUGAUUCAGAUUCAUUAAGUCUGGAAUCAAAUCAGCGAGUUCAGUAAAUUCAUAAUUCAUUUUAGGUUGAUUCAUUUACAGUUCUUUAGUAAAUAGUAAACAACUCAAUGCUUUAUUGGUUUCACUAUAAUUUGAUUUAAUUCAGUUCCAAUCAAUUAGAAUUCUGUUGGAACAAAUUUACUCAAUGAAUCACAAUGAUUCAAAUUGAUUCAGAUGCAGUUCUUCUGGAAUCAAAUCAGUGAUGAUUCAUGAUUCAUUUUAGGUUGAUUCUUAGCAAACUAAUCAAUGCUAAAUUUGAUUUAAUCCAAAGGAAGUACGGAAAUGAUUCAGAGCUUCAGUGAUUUAAUUUAAUUAAAUUUAAUUAUAAUACUCUUUUGAUAAAACAGUUUCAGAUUCACAGUGAUUCAAACUGAUUCAGUUACAAUUCUUUAAGAUCCGAUUCAGUGCUUUAGUGAUUUCACCAUGAUUCAAACUGAUUCUUCAAGAAUUUAAUUGGUGCUUCAAUCAUUUCACCAUGAUUUAAUUUAGGUCAAUUGAAAUAUUUAAGAAUUGAUUCAGUGCUUUACUGAUUUCACCAUGAUUCGAUUCAUUCAAUUGAUUCAAUUAAUCUUCUUUAGGAAAUUAUUUGACAUGAGUCUGAUUUCUUCACAAAUUGAUUAUUUUGAUUCAUUUUUUUUUAAGAUAAAUUCUUGUUUUUUAUAUAUUUCUAAACGCUAUUUUGGUUACAAUUGGCAAAAAUUAUUGAAUAUUAGGAGAAUUGAUAAUGGUAAAAUCUUUGAAUUAGUGCAAUUGAAUCACAAUUGAGUCAGGUUCUUUUCUUUUUAAUUAUGAUAGGUUUGCACUGUUACACUUAAAAAGGGGCAAGCAGGGCACAACCAAUCACAAUUAUUGUUUUGGAAUUUCUUUUUAAUAUUUGAGCAAACAAUUAAUAUUUUUAUACAACAAAAAGAUCAGAUGACCACAAUAAAGUUCCUUUAGAAUUAGUUGAAAUAUGAACUGAAUUAAA